AUGGGAAACGUGUUUGGGGGAAAGACUCGACCCUCCCGCGUAACCGAACAAGACAAAGCCGUCUUGCAAUUGAAGCAACAGAGAGAUAAACUGAAGCAGUACCAAAAGAAGAUUACUCUGCAGCUGGACAAAGAGAGACUGCUGGCCAAGCAGCUGCUAAAAGAUGGAAAGAAAGAAAAGGCUCUGCUGCUCCUUAAGAAGAAGCGCUAUCAGGAUCAGUUGCUAGACAAGACUGAAAAUCAGAUCUCAAACCUUGAGCGCAUGGUGCAAGAUAUCGAGUUCAUGCAAAUUGAGAUGAAAGUCAUCGAGGGACUGAAAGCAGGCAAUGACUGUCUGAAAAAUAUGCACCAGAUCAUGUCAAUCGAAGAUGUAGAGCGCAUCCUUGAAGAGACCCAAGAAUCAAUUGAGUAUCAAAAGCAAAUAGAUGAAAUGCUGGCCGGCGCACUGACGCAGGAGGACGAGGAUGCUGUUUUGGCCGAGCUGGAAGCCAUUACUCAGGGAGAAGAUGUCGCGCUUCCAGAUGUUCCCACAGAAUUGCUACCAGACGUCCCGGAGACGGCCGACCAAGAAGUGGAUAGAAGACGGAAAACGAAGCGAGAGAUGUUAUCAGCAUAA